AUGGAUACGCUGCGAGAAUAUGUUACAUUAAUAUUCCCAGACUUGGAGGAAAUUACACAUAAUCUUCAAAGAAAAAUAGAAUUACUGAAAAGUCGAAAAGAUGGUGUUGAUCAUGAAUUACAAAAUGCAGCAUGUCAUUCUGGAAAAAAACGCAAGAGAGAGGUUGAAGAUUGGAGGAAUAAUGUUGAAAACAUUAGAGAAGAGUUUGAAACCUUGGAACAACGAGUACAACAAAGCCGCAGUAUUUAUCAUGUUUUCAAACGACAAGAGUUGGCUGAACAGCUUGAAAGAAUGACUAAGGUAGUGACGGAACUUGAUGAACAAAGUGAUUUUCCAGGCGGGCUUUCUCUUGCGGUUGAUGAGAGUAUUGACCAGUUAUUGUUAACACCCGAACCAACUGACCAAGCAUUUGAACGAAAUUUACUUGACAUUUGUAAGUCAUUAAUGGAUGUCAACGUCAUAAGCAUAAGCAUUGGCAUUUAUGGAAUGGGGGGAGUAGGCAAAACGACUCUGGCAAAGCGUGUCCAUGAUCAGCUAAAAGAAUCUACAUUCUCGGGUCAUGUUUAUUGGGUCACCGUCUCUCAAGAGUUCAGCAUUGACAAAUUGCAAAGUGACAUUGCCAAAGCAUUGAAUCUACAUUUUUCAUGUGGCAGUGAUAAGACGAAAAGGGCAGCUCAACUGUUCCAGGAAUUCAAGAAAAGGGGGAGAUUCGUACUUAUACUGGAUGAUGUUUGGGAACGAAUUGAUGCAGAGAAGAUAGGCAUUCCUUUAAAAAGGAAUGGAUGCAAGUUGGUCGUAACAAGUCGAUCAGAAGAAGUUUGUCAUCGUAUGAGCUGCAAGAAGAUUAUAAAAGUGAACACACUUUCCGAUCAAGAAGCUUUGGAUCUAUUCUUGCAGACACUUGAUCAUGGUGAACAACUAUCUGUAGAAGUAGAAGAGAUUUGCGAGAAAAUGGUAAAUAGAUGUGGUGGUUUGCCACUUGCACUCAUCACAUUAGCUGGAAGCAUGAGAAGCGUGAUUGACAUUCAUGAAUGGAAAGAUGCAUUGGAAGGACUAAAAGUGUCAUGUUUAGAACCUGUUCUUGAAGACACUUGA